AUGGCAGAGAAACUAAAUGCUCUUGCCAGCAUUAGAAGCGGUGGAAUGGAUAAUGCCCAAGACCAUGAAGCUGAUCUCAACGCCAUCACCUCCAACCCAUUAUCAAUGGGAGAUGUGGCUGAGAACUUCACCACCGAUCAAAAAUUCUACAUCUUGAAGCGUCUUGGUUACAACCAUCUCAAUGACCUCGAUGACUUGCCUGUGGAGGCUGUUUUUAUGUUGGAAAAGAUUGCAACUUUAGACAUCAACGAGGCUGUCGAGAUUCUCAAGGAGUCGGUCGAUGCCUUCGAUGGGGAUAUGAACGUCGAACAAGACACAAUUCAGCUCAUUGAGCAUUUGCUUGCCUUUCAUGACGACGGCAGAAUCCCUUCUACCAAAGAGAAACUCACUCAAGCUUUCGAUAAGUCCGACUUGAAGCAAACGGAAUACUCUCUUGAUGAGAGCUCCGACAACUUUUCAGAAGGAGGUGAGAUUUUCGACUGGGAGUUGCAGACCAAAACCGAAGCUGGUAUCAUCGGUUUUUGGUCCAUCUAUCCGGAGGUCAGAUCGGUGACCCAGCCUUUCGAUGACCCAUCCGUCCCUUGUGAAACCUUCCGUGUCUACUUUUUGGGCCUUCUCUGGACGAUCAUUGGAUCCUUCAUCAUCCAAUUCUUUUCCGAAAGAUUUCCCAGUAUUACGUUACCCACCUCCGUUGUCCAGCUCUUCUUUUUUCCAUGCGGUAAACUCAUGGAGUAUGCGCUCCCUGCUUGGGACGUCAAGAUCUGGAAGUGGAAGUUCAACUUGAACCCUGGACCAUGGAGCAAUAAAGAGCAAAUGUUGGCCACUCUUUGCUAUUCUGUCAGUGGUGGUGCCAUUUACGUCUCGUGGAACUUUCACAAUCUUAUGUUGGACAACUACUAUGGUGUCAAAUGGGUCGAUUUUGGCUACCAGGUGCUUUUGACCUUAGCAACCAAUUUCAUGGGCUUUGGGAUUGCUGGUAUUGUCAGAAAAUUUGUCAUCUACCCUGUCAACUGUCUCUGGCCCAGUAUCUUGCCAACAAUCGCACUUAACAGAGCCUUGUGCCAACCAGAGAAAAAGAGUAAGAUCAACGGUUGGACCAUCUCCAGUUUUUCAUUCUUCAUGGCAACGUUCUGGGGCUCCUUCCUUUGGUUCUGGGUUCCAAACUAUUUGUUUGGAGCGCUCAGCACCUUCAAUUGGCUCACUUGGAUUGCUCCUGACAACUUCAACUUGGCUGUGGUGACGGGCUCUCAAACCGGUUUGGGAAUUAAUCCAGUUCCAACUUUCGACUGGAAUAUCUUAAACUAUAUGGGCCCCUUGAAUAUUCCAUUCUUCAGUUAUGUCAACAACUACAUUGGCAUGGUUAUUGCUAUGUUCUGUAUCAUUGGUGUUUGGUAUUCCAACUACAAAUGGACUGGAUUUCUUCCAAUCAAUUCAAACUCCUUGUUCACAAACACAGGAGAACGGUACCAUGUUACUGCUAUUUUGAAUGAGAACUCGCUUCUUGACGACGAGAAAUACCAAAAGGUCGGCCCUCCAUUUUACUCUGCUGCCAAUCUCGUUCUCUAUGGAGCGUUCUUUGCCCUUUAUCCAUUCACAGUGUUCUACACAUUCAUCAUGAACUUCAAGCAGAUAAAGCAUGCUUCCAAGGGCUUUUUUAAGAUGUUCAAGCACUGGAAAACUUCAACCUACGAUGGCUUCAAUGAUCCUUUCAGCAGAUGCAUGACCAGAUACAAGGAGGUUCCAGAGUGGUGCUUCACCAUCAUCUUGAUUAUCUCUAUUGUGCUUGCCAUUUUGGCUGCCAAGCUUUACCCAUCUGAUGCUCCAGUGUGGACAAUUUUCUUUGCUUUGGGUAUCAACUUCGUGUUCUUGAUUCCACUUUGCAUUGUUUACGCCACCACCGGAAGUUCGUUCGGACUCAAUGUGCUUGUCGAACUUAUAGUUGGUUAUGCUAUGCCAGGUAACGGUUUGGGCUUGAACUUUGUGAAGGCUUUGGGUUAUGUCAUCGAUGGACAGGCUGAAAACUACAUCACCAACCAAAAGCAAGCUCAUUACUUGAAGAUUGCCCCAAGAGCAAUUUUCCGCAUCCAAAUGAUUUCGAUGUUUGUUCAUUGUUUUGUCGCUUUGGGAACGUUCAACUUGCAGAUUAGAACCAUUGCAAAUUACUGCAGUCCUCAUCAAGAUCAAAAGUUCACUUGUCCUUCGGCAACCACGUUUUACUCUGCUUCUGUGUUGUGGGGUGUCAUUGGUCCUAAGAAGGUUUUUGGUGGUCUUUAUCCAGUGUUGCAGUGGUGCUUCCUUAUCGGAUUCUUGUUGGUGUUCCCAUGUGUACUUCUCAAGAAGUACUUCAGUCACUACAAGGCUGUUAGGUACUUCCACCCAGUUCUUAUUAUCAUGGGUUUCCUUAACUGGGCACCAUACAACUUAUCCUACUACACUGGUGGAUUGUACUUGUCCAUUGCCUUCAUGUACUAUCUUAGAACUAAGAAACAGGCAUGGUGGACCAAGUACAACUAUAUUCUCUCCGGUGGUUUAAGUGGUGGUGUUGCAUUUUCCGCUAUCAUUAUUUUCUUCGCUGUCCAAUACCACCCAAGUACAUUGACUGGUGGGGAAACAAUGUCAACGACAAUGGACUUGAUGCGAUCGGACCCACAAGAUUGA